AUGUCUAGAUUCUUCCGCGCAGCCGGCGACUCUGAUUCAGACUCCUCUUCCUCUGAGGAGGAGGAGCUCAUGUCCAGCGACGACGAGGCUCCGAAGCAAGCCGCACCCGCGGCCAAGCCCGCCAUGUCACGAUUUCUGAAGGGCGCAGGCGACUCAGACUCGGACCAGUCUUCCGACGACGACGAGAGCGAGGCAAGCAGCGACGAGGACGAAGAGGCACAACAAAAGCCGAAGUCGACCCUGGGGAGGUUUGUCCACGGGGCGUCCUCGGACGAGGAUUCGGACGAGGACGUGAAGCGGGUGGUGAAGAGCGCGAAGGACAAGCGGCUGGACGAGAUGGAGGCGACGGGGCGGGCGAUGGACAACGCGCUGAAGAUUAAUGAUUGGGUCGCGAUCUCGACUGAGUUCGACAAGCUCGGGCGGAUGGUGCAGCGGCAGCAGAACGUGUCGGAGCCCGUCCCCCCGUUUUUUAUCCGCACGAUCGUGAACCUCGAGAACUCGAUCAACCAGGCGGCCGCGAAGGACAAGGAGUCGAAGAAAAAGAUGAACGCGAGCAACGCUCGUGCGCUCACCGCCGUCAAGCAGAAGGUGAAGAAGCUCCUCAAGGAGUUCGAGAAAGAGGUCAAGCGCUUCCAGGAGGAUCCUGAGGCGUUUGAGCGUGAAUAUCAGGCAUCGGUACAGCCGGAGGCUGCGCCUGCGCCACCGAGGGCGAAGAAGGUGAAGAAGGGCGAUGAGGAGGAAGAGGACGAGGAUUUCACGACCGUGGGCAAGGGCGGCAAGGCUAUCCAGUUCACGCCUGAGAGCAUCUUCAAAAACCUCCAGGUCGUCCAGGAGGCUCGUGGUAAGAAGAACACCGAUCGUACAGAGCAAAUUCGCAUACUCGAGAAGCUCCUGGAAGUAUCGGUCACUUCGUACCAGCGGAUACGCGUUCUUCUCGCCUUGAUCGCCUCUCGCUUUGACUACAACUCCUCCGUCGCAACGCACAUGCCUGUGGAGCUGUGGGUGGCCGCCCAGCGCGAGGUGGACCAGCUCAUCUCCAUCGUGGCGAACGAGCCCGCAUACUCGAUCCAGGAGAUCACGGACGACUACGAUGAGCUCGCAGAGCGCUCGCCCGAGACGGAGAAGGAUGGCAUCGUCCGCAUUCGCGGCAGCGUGAUUAGCUUUGUCGACCGUCUGGAUGACGAGUUCACAAAGAGCCUCCAGAACAUCGAUCCGCAUGGGACUGAGUAUGUCGAUCGGCUGAAGGACGAGAAGGGCCUGUACAGCACCAUCUGCCGCGCACAGACACUAUACGAGAAGAAGAAGCAGGAGGACCCGCUCGGUCGUGUCGUCAUGCGCCGUCUUGAGCACAUUUACUCGAAGCCCGACCCGGUCGUUCUGGCCCUCGAAGCUCCUGUUGCCAGCGCGGAUCUCAAGCCGUCGGUGGUGCUCUCGUCUGACGACAAGACGUCGACCCUCAUUCACUCUCUCUGCGUCUACCUCUACAAGUCCGGCAACUCCCUCCUCCGUACCCGUGCCAUGCUGUGCCACAUAUACCACUUUGCCCUACACAACGACUUCCACACCGCGCGUGACAUGUUGCUCAUGUCGCACCUCCAAGAGUCGAUCCACAAUGCCGACGUUGCCACCCAGAUUCUCUACAACCGGACUGUCGUCCAGCUGGGUCUCAGCGCGUUCCGCUGCGGCCUCAUUAAGGAGGCCCAGGCAACCCUUCAGGACAUCUUCGCGACGCAACGGGUGAAGGAACUGCUCGCGCAAGGUGUGCACCAGCAGCGCUACCAGGUCCUCACACCCGAGCAGGAGAAGGCCGAGCGGCAGAGGCAGCUUCCCUUUCACAUGCACAUCAACACUGAGCUGCUCGAGGCUGCCUUCUUGGUCUCGAGCAUGCUCGUCGAGAUCCCUCUCCUGGCCAGCAUCGACUCCGAGGAGCAGAAGCGCAAGGCGAUCUCGAAGCCGUUCCGUCGUCUGCUCGACUUCGCCGACAGGCAGGUUUUUACGGGCCCGCCCGAGAGCACGCGCGACCACAUCAUGCAGGCGAGCAAGGCGCUCCAGGACGGCGAGUGGGAGAAGUGCCGGGACCUCGUCCAGAGCAUCAAGAUCUGGAGCUUGAUGCCCGAGUGCAACGCGGUCAAGGAGAUGCUUGCGAAGCGCAUCCAGGAGGAGGGCCUCCGGACGUACCUCUUCACGUACGCGCCACACUACCGCACGCUGUCGCUGUCGCUGCUCGCCAAGACGUUCUCGCUCCCGCUGCGGUCCGUCACGUCGCUCGUGUCGAAGAUGAUCUGGAACGAGGAGCUUCAGGCGGCGCUCGAUCAGGCGGUGGGCGUCGUCGUGUUCAACCGUGUCGAGCUCGCGCGCACGCAGCAGCUUGCGCUGACGCUCGCGGACAAGGUCAACGCGAUGGUCGAGCAGAACGAGAAGGCGCUCGACCAGAAGCUCGGCGUGAGCACGGGCUGGAACGAGCGUGCGGACGGUGGCAAGGGCGACAAGCGUGGCGAGCAGACGCAGGAGGGCCGUCGUCGCGGCGACCGCGCAAGGGGAGGUGCACGUGGUGGUGCAAGGGGUGGUCGUGGCGCACGCUUCGCGCAGGGUCUUGGGUCACAGAUGGCUGGCAACACGCAAAGAAACCGGUGA